UGCUGCAGCGUCCUCCCACUAUUGCUGCAACAUCUGGCAGACAAGACAGAGCCGUGGAGGAGACACAGUCUGAGGCAGCGCUGCUUUUGUGCACACCAGGAGAGACGCUCUACAGACAGGAAUUCAGCGGUAAAGGAAGGAAGCAGCCACAAAUGGGGCAAUUGAAUCUUACACACGGCGUAGAGAGCAACUCGACUCCUGUCUGUCCGUCCAUAGAUGACUUCCGUAACCAGGUUUACUCCACAUCCUACUCCCUCAUCACCGUGUUCGGACUAGUUGGGAACGGCUUCGCCCUGGUGGUACUGAUCAAAACAUACCGUCAGAGCUCACCUUUUCAUGUCUACAUGUUGAACCUGGCUGUGUCUGAUCUGCUGUGUGUUAUGACACUGCCACUGCGGGUUCUCUACUAUGUCAACAAGGGACAGUGGAACCAUGGGGAUUUCCUCUGUCGCAUCAGCUCCUACACUCUCUAUGUAAACCUCUACUGCAGUAUAUACUUCAUGGCUGCCAUGUCUAUCACACGUUUCUUGGCCAUUGUCUUCCCGGUGCAGAAUCUGCGGCUGGUCACAGAGACCCGUGCUCGCCUGGUGUGUGUUGGCAUCUGGGUGUUUAUCUGUCUCUCAUCCUCUCCCUUCCUCAUGGCUGGUGAACAUUUUGACUCCAUCACAAAUAAAACCAAGUGCUUUGAGCCUCCAAGUCAAGGCAAAGGUUUGCAGAAACUAGUCGUGCUGAACUAUCUGUCUCUGGUGACAGGCUUUGUCCUGCCGUUCCUUGUAAUCCUGCUUUGCUAUGCCGGCAUAGUCCGCACCCUACUGUCUCGCACCCAUGCUGCUCGACGCCAGCGGGGCGCAGGCCUCAGAGCCAUCCGAAUGAUUGUCAUCGUCUUACUGACCUUCCUCAUCAGCUUCAUGCCCUACCACAUACAGCGCACAGUCCACCUGAACUUCCUGUCCCGGACUGACACCACCUGCUCAGAGAAGGUUGCCAUGCAGAAGUCGGUCGUGGUGACGCUGAGCCUGGCUGCUGCCAACUCGUGCUUUGAUCCAAUGCUUUAUUUUUUCUCUGGAGAGGGUUUCCGCAACCGUUUGUCCUCGCUGCGCAAGUCGACGACAGGAAGCAACCUGCACCGCACAACCAGGCCGAAGCCCGUCGCAGCCUUAGAGUCUGGAGAAAACCACCAAGCCAGUUAAUUCACAAAAGACAGGAGUUCUUCAAACAAGCAGCUUAGGACAAGUUAAAGAGCUCAGGAUGACGUGUUCCCUCAUUAAUAGUCAGGGACAGAGUUGAGAGAUGUGAAAGGCCGUUUUAAGAAAGGAGGGCUGGUUGACUGAUGAAGUCACAAGUAUUUAAAAAAUGUGAGUUACAGUCUCAGGGGGAAGAGCAAAGAGUGUCCAAUAUUUCAGUGAUGUUGAUCUGUAUUAUUAUUAUGACAAUGACCAGUACCGUAUUGUGUCACAAGAGUUACUCAACCUGACAAAUCUCAGUAUAAAUAUGCGGUGUAUCAAUGUGUGAAUGUAUUGAAGAUUAUGAUGUAAUAUUUCUUUUUAUCCAGAUCAAGAUGCUUGAGUCUUAUAUAUCACACAACCUUGAUGUUUACUGAGGACUAAACUCUGCCUUAAACUGACAUCUUAGACCUUUUCUUCAUUAUUAUUCUACUACUUCUUUUAUUACUCUUAUUUUUAUCAUUUUUUGUGGCAAUGUUGAUGUUGUAAUGGCCAUACCCAUUUUUCCAUCAUUAUUUGUCAAAAUUUUAUUAUAGUUAUUAUAAUUUCACAUGCGCCAUAAAAUUACUUAUCAUAUAAUUAUUAUAGUUAAUUUUAAUUACCCAAUUGGGAUUUGAAUGUGUCUGAUUUUUUAUUAUUUCUGUGUAACUUUUACGUUUUAAUUCUCAAUUUGCAAUUUUUUUAUUUUUUAUUUUACCUUUUAUGCACCUUAAUCUGUUUUGAGAUUUAAAACAUCAACAGUGAGGAAUGUAAAGGACUCAUUCAAGAAUUAUGCUGAUUUACUUUCUUGAGUUGUGAAGAUUGAUCUGCAGCAUGAAUAUGAAGCUGCAGCCAGCAUUUGGUAACAAUCUUCUCGACUUACUGUAUGCAAAAAAAAUAAUAAGAUGCUGUAUUUAUAGUGUAUGCAAACCAUAUGUCAUGUUGUGUAUAAUAACCAUAAUAAAUCAUCAAAUGUCCCAGUUCACUAUGA